AUGAACGCAGCAGUUGAGCACGAUAUCUGUGACAUUCCCUUCGACGGGUACUUUGCACCCGAAGCCAAGAGGCAGGCCAGACGGUCUGGUUGUCCAUUCUCCCGGCGACACUCUCCUGGUCAGCGCGGAGCCAUGGGAGGAGUCGGACAUGGCCCACAAGAGUUCCAUCGCUUCCCUGGACCUGCUGAUGAUGGACAGCGCGGCCCUGCAUGUCACCGCAGACACGGCUGGGGACACCACGGACCACACAACGGAGUUGAUGAUAGAAUACCUCCCUUCUUCAAGCAUGCACAUGAUGCUAAGCCACACGACUUCCGUGGACCUCACGGCGAGCACUUUGGACCUGCAGCGUUUUGGUUUGCACGACGAGGUCCCGCUGAGUCACAGACUCCCUGGAGUGGAGCUUGGGGAGGACCUGGACAGCAGAAACCCUAGACUGAGACUAUAGUUGAAGAGACAAGG